AAAGCACUUCCGGUCGGUGAGACGUGGCUGACUGGAAAAUCUUCGAGGAGUGAAAUCAGCCUGUGCUGCAGACAGAGCUCCAGCUCAACAGCAGCAGUAGCAGCGCCUGGAUGGCAGGGUCUAGCCGGAGAGAAAACUGCAGGAAUUACAGCAGGCAUCCAUGUAUCUUCCAAGUGCUUUGCGGAGGUCUGGGCUGAUGAGCGCAGGACCAGAGAGGCCCGUUUGGGCAUUUGCUGUGCUGCUGCUUGGCGCUGCCCUGCUGGCAUCAUCCUUUGGAGGGAAGAUGAUGAUUCAGACAGCUGUGGCCCAGGCAAAGACUGCACCUGCAGGACCUGGACCAUGGAGCAUCAAGGACCUUGUAGACCUCCAAUACCUGGAUGAGCUCAUGUCCAUUGACAACCUAGAUGUUUGGUUCUGCUCCCUUGUGGGAUCAAUUGCCAUUGGACUCAGUGGCAUUUUUCCACUUUUAGUCAUACCCAUUGAAGCUGGGACCGCCUUGAAAACUGAGGCUGGGUGUCAGAAGCUGAAGAAGCUGCUGAGUUUUGCCAUUGGUGGCCUUCUAGGAGACGUGUUUCUUCACCUCCUUCCGGAGGCCUGGGCUUACACUUCCAGUCCUGGUGGCUCCCACAGACAUUAUUGUACGCAAGGUUUGUGGGUGAUAGGAGGUCUGAUGUCUUUUCUGACCUUGGAGAAGAUGUUUCCUGAUGAAGUCGGUGAUCCAGAAACCAAAACCUCCUUCCAAAGAACUACAUCCUCUUCAUCUGAUCUGAGCAGCCAGUUCUCUGUGUCCCCGCAAACGAAUGGCAUCUGCUCAAACAACAACUCCGACUCCAAGCCAAAGACUGACAUCAGCCCUUACACACCGCCAGAGAAAAUAAAGACCAGCGGUUAUCUAAACCUUCUUGCUAACUGCAUUGAUAACUUCACUCAUGGGCUAGCAGUGGCAGGAAGCUUCUUAGUAAGUCGAAAGGUUGGCUUCUUAACAACGUUUGCCAUUCUGCUUCAUGAGAUUCCUCAUGAGGUGGGAGAUUUUGCCAUUUUGCUGCGAGCAGGCUUUGACCGGUGGAAAGCUGCCCGUAUGCAGCUCUCCACAGCAUUAGGGGGAGUCCUGGGGGCCUGCUUUGCUCUUUGCUCUCAAUCACAGCAUGGGGCAGAGAACGCCACUACCUGGAUCCUGCCCUUCACCUCAGGUGGCUUUCUCUACAUUGCCUUGGUCAAUGUGGUUCCUGAUCUUCUAGAGGAGACCAACCCAAGGAACUCUCUUCUGCAGGUUCUGCUGUUGUUUUCUGGGAUAGGCGUCAUGGCUCUGCUCUCAAUCGCCAUGGACUAGACACAGGCAAGGUCUGCUUUUAUCAGGGGACAUUUAUAGUGCAACCUUGCAUUCCUGAGGACUUUUGGAUUAUUCACUCCACAGUUUGAGCUUUAAUAAUUUAGACAUUUUUGUCACCCUCCCAAAGACCAAGUGAGGAAAUGCUAAUGAAAGAAUUGGCCUUGACAGUUUGGUGCUUGAAUCUGCCAGUAUAUGAUUUUAAGCCUUAUAUUUCACACUCCAGAUUAAAUUUGAACUGAAAACAAAAAAACAGAUUUGUACAAA